CUUUCUACGGCUCUGUGUGGUAGUGGUGCUAUAACAGAAUUGACACGCGCGUCAAAAAUUCAACUUCAGUUUUGUGUUGUGUGUUUUGUUACAAUAUAAUAAGUUAUUUGAGUAUACAUAAUUCAAUUUUCGGUUGUCGAUAAUACACAAAAUAAAACGGAGCUACAUUUCUUGGAAUCGAAUGAAAGAGCUUAGCAAAAUACCAAUUUAAACCACGUUUCCCCCACACAAAAAAAUACAAAAUAAAAAUAAUUUUGUGGUUGAAAAGAGAAAAGAAAAAAAUAACAAAACACAGUGAAGCUUUUGAGUGAACACAUCUAAAAGCGCAUUUCAGUAUUUCCUCGAAAGCAAAAUAAACGAUCAAAUUAAUUUUCGUGAAACGAAAACGAAUCAAGGAACAAAAAAAAACAAAUCAGCGAACGGCAUAUAGCUUUUGAAAUCCGGAUGAGAGACAAACAUAGCAAGAGAAUAAACACACUGACAAAAUUUUAAAAAGAGAACAUAGAAUACAAAAGACAAGUUAAAACGAAGUGGCAAUUAUAAAUUAAAACAGAUACGGUAGCACCGAUAAGCUCAAACACAACGGCUAUUCGAAAGAAAAACACAAAAUUAUCAUCAUAAAAGUAAGUUUUCGCGCGCGCGUCAACACACGAUAUUAGACACAUAUAUAUAACCGGAUAAUAGCUCCUUAGCGCUAAAUAAAGAAAACACCAAAAAUAUAUCCACACUCACACACAAGCAAAUACGACGAAAACAAAAUGGGUUGCUUAGGAAGUAAAGAUCGUCUCACAAAAGAAGAUAUGGAGUUCUUAAAAUCACACACACGCUACGACGAAGUGACAAUCAAAGAAUGGUACAAAGGAUUCAAACAAGAUUGUCCCAAUGGUCGUUUAACGCCAGCCAAAUUCGUCGAUAUGUACAAAAUGUUUUUCCCAUCUGGUAAUGCGGAAGAAUUUUGCGACCAUGUAUUCAGGACAUUUGAUAUGGACAAAAAUGGCUAUAUUGAUUUUAAGGAAUUUCUACUGGCGAUCGAUGUUACCUCAAGUGGUACACCCGAAGAAAAACUGAAAUGGGCAUUUAGAAUGUACGACGUUGAUGGCAAUGGUGUUAUAGACAUACAAGAAAUGACGAAAAUAGUCCAGGCAAUUUAUGAUAUGUUGGGCGCGUGUUCAUCAAACCGACCGGCUGACUCUGCGGAAGAGCGUGCCAAAAAUAUAUUCGCCAAAAUGGAUGAAAACAACGAUGGACAAUUAACUCAAGAUGAAUUUUUGAAAGGAUGCUUACAAGAUGAAGAACUAUCGAAAAUGCUUGCACCAUAAGUGUCGUAAAAAGCUCAUCAAGACACUCAUUUACACAGCUUCAAUAUGAUUGCAAAACAAACGCAGCGUUUAAUGAUCGACUCAAAAACAUAAAAAAGACAUUUCUGUUUACUUCUUAUGCAUAAUUUUGGUUUCAUUAAACAAAUCUUUCUUUUUUUCCCUGUCUUUUCUAAAUUUCUGAUGGUGAACAUACUAUAACCGCCAAAAAUGUACUAAUCAAAAUUUAGAAGAAUACAAGAUAAAAAAUACACAUUUGAUGAUUCGAUCAUCAAAGCCAAUGAUAUUACCACAAGGCAAUAGAGUACAACAACAAAAAAGCACAGUUUUGGUAGUGGCAUUAGAAAACAUGAAAAAGAUUAAUUAUAGCGCUCAUUCGUCACCGUUUUGAGUUGAUUGAAUGAGAGAGGUGUGUGUGUGUGCGAGGCCAAGAAAGAGAGACAACCAACAUGAAAUUACUAUCAACGCGUCUCUCAUUGGGAAUAGAUGAAUAGGGAAAAGGGAGUUUAGAAUGAAAAGAAGAAGAAGCAAAAAAAAACAACGUUGUGUGUGAAAGACUAUCAAAUUAUAUAGAAGAAAAAUGACUAUUUAUACAUGUAGAAUGAAGACAAAAUGAACAACAAAAUAAAAACAGUUUAAAUGAUAUGGAAAAUAAGAAAAUAAACAUUGAUAGGUGUUCUGUUUGUGCUCUAUUUUCAUUGUCAAUCUCGCCUGCACUUCAAAUACUAUAUAGUUGUAAAAGCAAUCAAUCGCGAUUUCUCACAAUUUUUUUCAUUCUUUCUUUCUUUCUUAUAUCUAUUUAAGAGAUAUAUAAAUAAUAUAAAUGUUUUGAAUUCAUGAAGUUAGAACAAAAUCAACUUUCUUUUUGUGUAGGAAAACAAACCAACCGCGAUCUAAUAUGAAAUAUAUUCAAUGAAAAUAAACAAACAAAAAAUGAAAACAAAGAAAAAGAUUAGAUAAUGUAGGAUUAAUUGUAUGCACACACUCGGUUCGCAUUCAUCAACAUUUGGCCGUGAAUCAUUUUCAAUACUAGGCCAUCAUUUCUCACUGCAUAAAAUCACCAACAAAUUCACACACAUACCACACAGUAAAAAUGAAUCUACCUAUCCAGUGCACACAUUGAAAUUCACCCACAUACGUAUAUUUAACAAAAAAAAAGUAAAAGAAGAAAAUGAAAAGAAAAUAUGCAUAUAUAUAUUUAAACAAAGCAAAAAAAAAAAUCGAUGAUAUUUUGUGUUAUAUGAUGAUGACUCGAUGUCUAUGUCUUAAAUGAAACUACUUUUGCGAAACCAAUCUCUUAAAAUCAGCAUUUUAUUAUAUUUUGAUAUAAUCCUUUUGGUAUCGUCAUUUAUUCUUUUUGCACAAUCAUUUCAAUAAUAAUGACAUUUCGGUCAUUUCAUUUUAAAUCAAUAUGCAUUUAACAAUGCCCAUUUCUUUUACAUUUUUCGAUCUUUUUUUUUUCUCUUCAAAGUAUUGAACUCAUUGCAUUACUUUCCCUCAUACACGAGGGGCCUAAAAAAAGCUCGCGCGCACGGAUAAUCGGCCGUCCGCCUGCAAUGAAUUAGCUAGGAUGUUUAUAUUACUCCGAAAACUUUUACUUAAGAAUAAACACACGUACAAUAAAAAAAUACAUUUCAAUGAUGCAAAAAAAACACACACAAAUCAAUGGAUGCGCUGCUACUCAGCCAUACUAUGAGACAGCAGAAAUGCACAAGCAAAAAAAGAACCGUUGAUCCAUCAGUGGAAAGAAGAUAAUCAGUCAAUCAACUGAGAGUUACCGAACGAACUAGCAAGAAAUCUCUAUUUGAAUCACAUCUACCUUAAAGUAUUUAUUAUAAACGGAAAUAAUUACACACAAUCUAUGGAAUAUUAACAUACAAAUAAUUAAAGUCUAAUUAAGAGUAAUGAAUUAAAAUUGAAACAAUAAAACAAUCAAGCAAAUCAGCAAGCAAACAAACGAAACAUUCUACAAUUCCAGUAGAGCAUGAAUAAUGGAAACAAUUUGUUAGGUUGAAAUGUAUAAAAAAAAAUAACGCAAACUGGAAUGCAAACAAAUGACAAAACGAGUGAGCGUGAAAACUGGCGAUUUAAUCAUUUGCAAUGCAUUUUGUGUGUUGCCGGGUUUUGUGUGUUGUAUGCCCGCUGUGUGACAACUUAAUUUUGUUGCACAUUUAUCUCUUUUUGUUAUACAAUUUCCACGAGCAAUUUUACUUUUGCAAUAUAUGCAAAUAUUUAACUUGAUGAGAUCGGGUCACACUCACUUUAAAGCGACAAAAAUCUCGUAUAUUCAUUUCGAGCAUUUCACGCUCUUCAUCCGAUGAAAAAAAAAACAACAACAACAACAACAAAAACAACAGAAUGAUCAAAAAACACUCACACGUAUUCGACGGAGAAAGAACUGUCCAUAGUUUUGUAUGAAAACAUACAUAAAAUGCACACAUGAUGAAGUAUAAUUGAAUGUGCAUUUAUGCACAGUUCAUGACAGUUCUCUCGUACAAUUUAAAUUUUAUGAACGGAUGUGUGUGGGUUUUUUUUGGUUUAACUUUUCAAACACGAGUUUCCAUUUCUACCAAAAAUACAACAUUCCGUAUACUGAUUUUCAACAUGCAUUUCGUUUAUCAACCGGUUUUAGAAGAAAGUGAACAAGAAAACCAAGAAUUUAUCAAAUAGAUUAUAUUAACCUGAGGGACACAAGAAACCAUUUAUUCAUGUAGAAUUUCUAUGCGAACAAAAACAUUAAUAAGAAAUCAAAGUUUUAUUGAAUAUUUUUCUUAAUGGUGAGUAAUUUAGCAAAAUGCACUGUGCGCUAUAUCUGAUUGAUUGUUACAGUGAACGAUUAACGAAUACGAAACAUUGACACUUUAGCUUGUGUGCUCGGUGUGUUGUUUGCUUGCUUGUUGGUGUUUUGUUUCGUUUAUCGUACAAUCGGACAUACCACACAUUUGCACAUAAACACAAACACACACGUACACACAGCAACUACAACAAAAACAACAAACAUCAUCAACAACAAAGUUUUUUAGACCAAUCAAUGAGCUCGAUUAACAUGCACUUAUUUUGGCAUGUCAAUCAUUUGAUACAUCUGUCGCUUGUACACAUUUUUAUUUCUAAAAAAAAAUAUUUAAAAAAAUAAAUGUGUUUUUUCUCAAAUAUUUUUAACUUAAAUCAAUGAACGAACCAAUUAAUGACAACAUCGCAAACGUGAAACAAAUCAAUGGAAACAUGACGCGCGACUGCUGUUCGGUAUUUUGUAUCAUUUCUGAAUUUAAAAACAAAACAAACAAACAAAAAAAACACAGAAAAAUGUACAUAAUGAAUAAAAGCUUCGAGAGCAAAAUACGCGUUUUCUUUCGGUUUCGAUGUGCUAUUAUCACAACUAGUCGAAAUGGACUCCAUUUUAUUUCGAUUUUUAAAAACAAAUGAAACAAUCCCCUAUUUAAUAUUAAAUAAAACUUUCAAUCAAUUAUGUACCGAAAAAACCAAAAAAAAAAAAAAAAAACAAACCAAAAAAUCAGCUUUGAUUAAGAAGCAUUUCGACUAACUCUUUUUAAACGUCACACGUAAACUGUAAAACAAAUGAUUUAAAAUAAAUAAAACAAUUUACACAGAAACAAAUAUUAUAUUAAAGAAAAAUUCAUAUUUGCUUUAUUUCAACAAGACAUCGUCUUCUCUUUUUUUAUAUGCAUAUUUAGAUUUAAAAAUUGAAUUAAAUUAUAAAAAAAUCUAUAUAUAUAUGAAAAGAGGUCAGAAUAGAUUAUCGGAAUUGGGUGGCAUGAUGAACCGCAUUUACUCUGAGAGUUGAGAUGGCGUUUUUUGUGCAUUGAUAACUUUCGAACGUACACUGAAUGCCACGAAUCCCAGCCAAAUGUGCUAUUCUACAUAAAUUUAUCGUAGAAAUAUACUGUUCAGUCGCAUACAACCACAACUGGUUGCUGUCUGACACUGCAUUUUAAUUCACUUCACCCUUUGCUCGUCAUCGCACGGGCACUUGAAGCAACCAAAAACGAAAGCCACUUCUUCAUGCGAAAUCCUAUUGCAUGAAUAUUUGUAAAAAUAAUUUAACAAAAAAAAAAAAACACACACACAUACACAACUAAGAAUUCUAUUUUCGCGUUAAACUGAACAAAAAAUGAUGCAAAAUGAAACUAUUUGUAAAAGUGAAGAGGAACUUUAGUUGAAUUAAGUACCAAAACUAAUUAAACAACACAGUAUGAGAAAAAAAAAAAACAAAUAAAAAAAUUGAUGAAAAAAAGUGAGAAAACAAAUUAUAGGGUAAAUCUAUACUACUUUUGCGCACCAUUCGAUUUUUACGUACAAUUUACGGCUAUUUCUAACUUAGUUGAAUGGGAUAGCUAUACAAAUAAACAGACAAAACUUAAAGAUAAUAUUUAAAUUAUAUUUACGAUAAUUGUAAUAAGAUUCGAACUUGAAAAAAAGGAAGAAAAAGGAGAAAGAAACAAGUCACACAUAACAACAAACUUUACUUAAAUGUGGAAGAACAAUCAUCAAACAGAAACAAAGUCAUUUUCAUUCAACAUCAAUUAUCCCAAAGCUUUCAAGCAUUUAUGUCACUCACACACAAAAACACACACACACACUUAAAAAAUAUAGAUAAAUGAAAAAAAAGUAAAAAAAAAAACAAAAAAAGAUCUGUCUCUUUUAAGUCACUAUGUCCUAUUGUCUGCUGUCCAAUUAAAAUAAAACAUUCUCUUCCUAUCAAACAAA